CUUUAUUCCGGGGGAUUUUCUUUGUGCCGUACCCUAAAGCCGGAAGUUGUUGGUAUCCAUGAAAUAUUUCAUACGUAGCUAACUAACUGAAUGGAUGAUUUAUCGCCCAUCUAAUUGGGGUGCAUUUAUAACUAAUGCCUUCCCCAAAAAGUCAUAAAUGAAGAAAUUGGUGCCUCACAAGACCUAAUACUAGUAACGACGUUAUUCCCGCCGGCGGGUUGCCAUGGCUACUAGGAUGAAGUUAAAACUGAAGACUGUGUUUGUCCUCUACUUCAUGGUCUCACUUAUGGGCCUCAUCUACGCUCUCAUGCAGCUUGGCCAGCGUUGUGACUGUGCAGAGCAUGACAUGCCCAAGGACCGUACUAUCUCUCGUCUGCGGGGGGAACUGCAUCGGCUGCAGGAGCAGAUGAGGAAGGCUGAGCCUACCAAACCCCCCCAGAAACUAGCAGUGAAACCGGCCCAACCCACCAUCUACGUCAUCACACCAACCUACACCAGAUUUGUCCAGAAAGCAGAGUUAACCCGGCUUGCCCAGACAUUCCUCCAUGUCCCUCAACUCCACUGGAUCCUGGUGGAAGAUUCUCCCCAUAAAACCCCUCUGGUCUCUGGGUUCCUUGCCUCCAGCGGCCUGGCCUACACACACCUCCACACGCCCACGCCACGCGACCGCAAACUACAGGAGGGUGACCCUAGCUGGUUGAAGCCCCGCGGGGCGGAGCAGAGGAACGAGGGGCUACGGUGGCUGAGAGAGGACAGGAGGGGGCAGCCUGGAGCAGACACACAGCUGGGGGUGGUCUACUUCGCUGACGACGACAACACAUACAGCCUACAGCUCUUUGAGGAGAUGCGUGGUACCCAGCGUGUCUCUGUGUGGCCAGUCGGCCUGGUGGGAGGGAUGAGAUAUGAGAGACCUGUGGUCGAGGGGGGGAAGGUUGUACGCUUCCAUACUGGCUGGCGCCCCAGCCGCCCCUUCCCAUUGGACAUGGCUGGCUUCGCCGUGUCGCUCAAGCUGGUGAUAGCCAAUCAGGACGCAUGUUUCGACGGCGACGCACCGAUGGGGUUCUUGGAAAGCAGCUUCCUGCAGGGAUUGGUUACCAUGGACGAACUGGAACCUAAGGCGGAGAAUUGUACUAAGGUGUUGGUGUGGCACACGCGGACAGAGAAGCCCAAGAUGAAGCGAGAGGAAGCGCUUCAGAAACAAGGCCUGGGUUCUGAUACUGCUGUAGAGGUGUGAGGACCGGACAACACAUACACACACACACACACACACACACACACACACACACACACACACCUACAACUAAACACACCCACUACAUCUGCUUUAAAACCUUCCAUGCGUCUGAAAAAGGCUCCAUGUAUAGUGCAAUACUUUUGUCCAGAGCCCUAUGGGUCUCUAGCUGUAAUGGUUCACUUAAUGGGUCUCUAGCUGUAAGGGUUCACUUAAUGGGUCUCUAGCUGUAAGGGUUCACUUAAUGGGUCUCUAGCUGUAAGGGUUCACUUAAUGGGUCUAUAGCUGUAAGGGUUCACUUAAUGGGUCUAUAGCUGUAAGGGUUCACUUAAUGGGUCUCUCUAGCUGUAAGGGUUCACUUAAUGGGUCUCUAGCUGUAAGGGUUCACUUAAUGGGUCUCUCUAGCUGUAAGGGUUCACUUAAUGGGUCUCUAGCUGUAAGGGUUCACUUAAUGGGUCUCUCUAGCUGUAAGGGUUCACUUAAUGGGUCUCUCUAGCUGUAAGGGUUCACUUAAUGGGUCUCUAGCUGUAAGGGUUCACUUAAUGGGUCUCUCUAGCUGUAAGGGUUCACUUAAUGGGUCUCUAGCUGUAAGGGUUCACUUAAUGGGUCUCUCUAGCUGUAAGGGUUCACUUAAUGGGUCUCUCUAGCUGUAAGGGUUCACUUAAUGGGUCUCUAGCUGUAAGGGUUCACUUAAUGGGUCUCUCGAGCUGUAAGGGUUCACUUAAUGGGUCUCUCGAGCUGUAAGGGUUCACUUAAUGGGUCUCUCGAGCUGUAAGGGUUCACUUAAUGGGUCUCUCGAGCUGUAAGGGUUCACUUAAUGGGUCUCUAGCUGUAAGGGUUCACUUAAUGGGUCUCUAGCUGUAAGGGUUCACUUAAUGGGUCUCUCUAGCUGUAAGGGUUCACUUAAUGGGUCUCUAGCUGUAAGGGUUCACUUAAUGGGUCUCUCGAGCUGUAAGGGUUCACUUAAUGGGUCUCUCGAGCUGUAAGGGUUCACUUAAUGGGUCUCUAGCUGUAAGGGUUCACUUAAUGGGUCUCGAGCUGUAAGGGUUCACUUAAUGGGUCUAUAGCUGUAAGGGUUCACUUAAUGGGUCUCUAGCUGUAAGGGUUCACUUAAUGGGUCUCUAGCUGUAAGGGUUCACUUAAUGGGUCUCUAGCUGUAAGGGUUCACUUAAUGGGUCUCUAGCUGUAAGGGUUCACUUAAUGGGUCUCUCGAGCUGUAAGGGUUCACUUAAUGGGUCUCUCGAGCUGUAAGGGUUCACUUAAUGGGUCUCUCGAGCUGUAAGGGUUCACUUAAUGGGUCUCGAGCUGUAAGGGUUCACUUAAUGGGUCUCUAGCUGUAAGGGUUCACUUAAUGGGUCUCUCUAGCUGUAAGGGUUCACUUAAUGGGUCUCUCUAGCUGUAAGGGUUCACUUAAUGGGUCUCUCUAGCUGUAAGGGUUCACUUAAUGGGUCUCGAGCUGUAAGGGUUCACUUAAUGGGUCUCUAGCUGUAAGGGUUCACUUAAUGGGUCUCUAGCUGUAAGGGUUCACUUAAUGGGUCUCUAGCUGUAAGGGUUCACUUAAUGGGUCUCUAGCUGUAAGGGUUCACUUAAUGGAUCUCUAGCUGUAAGGGUUCACUUAAUGGGUCUCUAGCUGUAAGGGUUCACUUAAUGGGUCUCUAGCUGUAAGGGUUCACUUAAUGGGUCUCUCGAGCUGUAAGGGUUCACUUAAUAGGUCUUUCGAGCUGUAAGGGUUCACUUAAUGGGUCUCUAGCUGUAAGGGUUCACUUAAUGGGUCUCUCUAGCUGUAAGGGUUCACUUAAUGGGUCUCUAGCUGUAAGGGUUCACUUAAUGGGUCUCUCGAGCUGUAAGGGUUCACUUAAUGGGUCUCUCGAGCUGUAAGGGUUCACUUAAUGGGUCUCUCGAGCUGUAAGGGUUCACUUAAUGGGUCUCUCGAGCUGUAAGGGUUCACUUAAUGGGUCUCUAGCUGUAAGGGUUCACUUAAUGGGUCUCUAGCUGUAAGGGUUCACUUAAUGGGUCUCUAGCUGUAAGGGUUCACUUAAUGGGUCUCUAGCUGUAAGGGUUCACUUAAUGGGUCUCUAGCUGUAAGGGUUCACUUAAUGGGUCUCUCGAGCUGUAAGGGUUCACUUAAUGGGUCUUUCGAGCUCUAAGGGUUCACUUAAUAGGUCUUUCGAGCUCUAAGGGUUCACUUAAUGGGUCUCUAGCUGUAAGGGUUCACUUAAUGGGUCUCUCUAGCUGUAAGGGUUCACUUAAUGGGUCUCUAGCUGUAAGGGUUCACUUAAUGGGUCUCUCGAGCUGUAAGGGUUCACUUAAUGGGUCUCUCGAGCUGUAAGGGUUCACUUAAUGGGUCUCUAGCUGUAAGGGUUCACUUAAUGGGUCUCGAGCUGUAAGGGUUCACUUAAUGGGUCUAUAGCUGUAAGGGUUCACUUAAUGGGUCUCUAGCUGUAAGGGUUCACUUAAUGGGUCUCUAGCUGUAAGGGUUCACUUAAUGGGUCUCUAGCUGUAAGGGUUCACUUAAUGGGUCUCUAGCUGUAAGGGUUCACUUAAUGGGUCUCUCGAGCUGUAAGGGUUCACUUAAUGGGUCUCUCGAGCUGUAAGGGUUCACUUAAUGGGUCUCUCGAGCUGUAAGGGUUCACUUAAUGGGUCUCGAGCUGUAAGGGUUCACUUAAUGGGUCUCUAGCUGUAAGGGUUCACUUAAUGGGUCUCUCUAGCUGUAAGGGUUCACUUAAUGGGUCUCUCUAGCUGUAAGGGUUCACUUAAUGGGUCUCUCUAGCUGUAAGGGUUCACUUAAUGGGUCUCUCUAGCUGUAAGGGUUCACUUAAUGGGUCUCUAGCUGUAAGGGUUCACUUAAUGGGUCUCUAGCUGUAAGGGUUCACUUAAUGGGUCUCUAGCUGUAAGGGUUCACUUAAUGGGUCUCUAGCUGUAAGGGUUCACUUAAUGGGUCUCUCGAGCUGUAAGGGUUCACUUAAUGGGUCUCUAGCUGUAAGGGUUCACUUAAUGGGUCUCGAGCUGUAAGGGUUCACUUAAUGGGUCUAUAGCUGUAAGGGUUCACUUAAUGGGUCUCUAGCUGUAAGGGUUCACUUAAUGGGUCUCUAGCUGUAAGGGUUCACUUAAUGGGUCUCUAGCUGUAAGGGUUCACUUAAUGGGUCUCUAGCUGUAAGGGUUCACUUAAUGGGUCUCUCGAGCUGUAAGGGUUCACUUAAUGGGUCUCUCGAGCUGUAAGGGUUCACUUAAUGGGUCUCUCGAGCUGUAAGGGUUCACUUAAUGGGUCUCGAGCUGUAAGGGUUCACUUAAUGGGUCUCUAGCUGUAAGGGUUCACUUAAUGGGUCUCUCUAGCUGUAAGGGUUCACUUAAUGGGUCUCUCUAGCUGUAAGGGUUCACUUAAUGGGUCUCUCUAGCUGUAAGGGUUCACUUAAUGGGUCUCGAGCUGUAAGGGUUCACUUAAUGGGUCUCUAGCUGUAAGGGUUCACUUAAUGGGUCUCUAGCUGUAAGGGUUCACUUAAUGGGUCUCUAGCUGUAAGGGUUCACUUAAUGGGUCUCUAGCUGUAAGGGUUCACUUAAUGGAUCUCUAGCUGUAAGGGUUCACUUAAUGGGUCUCUAGCUGUAAGGGUUCACUUAAUGGGUCUCUAGCUGUAAGGGUUCACUUAAUGGGUCUCUCGAGCUGUAAGGGUUCACUUAAUAGGUCUUUCGAGCUGUAAGGGUUCACUUAAUGGGUCUCUAGCUGUAAGGGUUCACUUAAUGGGUCUCUCUAGCUGUAAGGGUUCACUUAAUGGGUCUCUAGCUGUAAGGGUUCACUUAAUGGGUCUCUCUAGCUGUAAGGGUUCACUUAAUGGGUCUCUAGCUGUAAGGGUUCACUUAAUGGGUCUCUCGAGCUGUAAGGGUUCACUUAAUGGGUCUCUCGAGCUGUAAGGGUUCACUUAAUGGGUCUCUCGAGCUGUAAGGGUUCACUUAAUGGGUCUCUCGAGCUGUAAGGGUUCACUUAAUGGGUCUCUAGCUGUAAGGGUUCACUUAAUGGGUCUCUAGCUGUAAGGGUUCACUUAAUGGGUCUCUAGCUGUAAGGGUUCACUUAAUGGGUCUCUAGCUGUAAGGGUUCACUUAAUGGGUCUCUAGCUGUAAGGGUUCACUUAAUGGGUCUCUCGAGCUGUAAGGGUUCACUUAAUGGGUCUUUCGAGCUCUAAGGGUUCACUUAAUAGGUCUUUCGAGCUCUAAGGGUUCACUUAAUGGGUCUCUAGCUGUAAGGGUUCACUUAAUGGGUCUCUCUAGCUGUAAGGGUUCACUUAAUGGGUCUCUAGCUGUAAGGGUUCACUUAAUGGGUCUCUCGAGCUGUAAGGGUUCACUUAAUGGGUCUCUCGAGCUGUAAGGGUUCACUUAAUGGGUCUCUAGCUGUAAGGGUUCACUUAAUGGGUCUCGAGCUGUAAGGGUUCACUUAAUGGGUCUAUAGCUGUAAGGGUUCACUUAAUGGGUCUCUAGCUGUAAGGGUUCACUUAAUGGGUCUCUAGCUGUAAGGGUUCACUUAAUGGGUCUCUAGCUGUAAGGGUUCACUUAAUGGGUCUCUAGCUGUAAGGGUUCACUUAAUGGGUCUCUCGAGCUGUAAGGGUUCACUUAAUGGGUCUCUCGAGCUGUAAGGGUUCACUUAAUGGGUCUCUCGAGCUGUAAGGGUUCACUUAAUGGGUCUCGAGCUGUAAGGGUUCACUUAAUGGGUCUCUAGCUGUAAGGGUUCACUUAAUGGGUCUCUCUAGCUGUAAGGGUUCACUUAAUGGGUCUCUCUAGCUGUAAGGGUUCACUUAAUGGGUCUCUCUAGCUGUAAGGGUUCACUUAAUGGGUCUCUAGCUGUAAGGGUUCACUUAAUGGGUCUCUCGAGCUGUAAGGGUUCACUUAAUGGGUCUCUCGAGCUGUAAGGGUUCACUUAAUGGGUCUCUCGAGCUGUAAGGGUUCACUUAAUGGGUCUCGAGCUGUAAGGGUUCACUUAAUGGGUCUCUAGCUGUAAGGGUUCACUUAAUGGGUCUCUCUAGCUGUAAGGGUUCACUUAAUGGGUCUCUCUAGCUGUAAGGGUUCACUUAAUGGGUCUCUCUAGCUGUAAGGGUUCACUUAAUGGGUCUCGAGCUGUAAGGGUUCACUUAAUGGGUCUCUAGCUGUAAGGGUUCACUUAAUGGGUCUCUAGCUGUAAGGGUUCACUUAAUGGGUCUCUAGCUGUAAGGGUUCACUUAAUGGGUCUCUAGCUGUAAGGGUUCACUUAAUGGAUCUCUAGCUGUAAGGGUUCACUUAAUGGGUCUCUAGCUGUAAGGGUUCACUUAAUGGGUCUCUAGCUGUAAGGGUUCACUUAAUGGGUCUCUCGAGCUGUAAGGGUUCACUUAAUAGGUCUUUCGAGCUGUAAGGGUUCACUUAAUGGGUCUCUAGCUGUAAGGGUUCACUUAAUGGGUCUCUCUAGCUGUAAGGGUUCACUUAAUGGGUCUCUAGCUGUAAGGGUUCACUUAAUGGGUCUCUCGAGCUGUAAGGGUUCACUUAAUGGGUCUCUCGAGCUGUAAGGGUUCACUUAAUGGGUCUCUCGAGCUGUAAGGGUUCACUUAAUGGGUCUCUCGAGCUGUAAGGGUUCACUUAAUGGGUCUCUAGCUGUAAGGGUUCACUUAAUGGGUCUCUAGCUGUAAGGGUUCACUUAAUGGGUCUCUAGCUGUAAGGGUUCACUUAAUGGGUCUCUAGCUGUAAGGGUUCACUUAAUGGGUCUCUAGCUGUAAGGGUUCACUUAAUGGGUCUCUCGAGCUGUAAGGGUUCACUUAAUGGGUCUUUCGAGCUCUAAGGGUUCACUUAAUAGGUCUUUCGAGCUCUAAGGGUUCACUUAAUGGGUCUCUAGCUGUAAGGGUUCACUUAAUGGGUCUCUCGAGCUGUAAGGGUUCACUUAAUGGGUCUCUCGAGCUGUAAGGGUUCACUUAAUGGGUCUCUAGCUGUAAGGGUUCACUUAAUGGGUCUCUAGCUGUAAGGGUUCACUUAAUGGGUCUCUAGCUGUAAGGGUUCACUUAAUGGGUCUCUCGAGCUGUAAGGGUUCACUUAAUGGGUCUUUCGAGCUGUAAGGGUUCACUUAAUGGGUCUCUAGCUGUAAGGGUUCACUUAAUGGGUCUCUCUAGCUGUAAGGGUUCACUUAAUGGGUCUCUCGAGCUGUAAGGGUUCACUUAAUGGGUCUCUAGCUGUACGGGUUCACUUAAUGGGUCUCUAGCUGUAAGGGUUCACUUAAUGGGUCUCUAGCUGUAAGGGUUCACUUAAUGGGUCUCUCUAGCUGUAAGGGUUCACUUAAUGGGUCUCUCUAGCUGUAAGGGUUCACUUAAUGGGUCUCUCGAGCUGUAAGGGUUCACUUAAUGGGUCUCUCGAGCUGUAAGGGUUCACUUAAUGGGUCUCUCGAGCUGUAAGGGUUCACUUAAUGGGUCUCUAGCUGUAAGGGUUCACUUAAUGGGUCUCUAGCUGUAAGGGUUCACUUAAUGGGUCUCUAGCUGUAAGGGUUCACUUAAUGGGUCUCUAGCUGUAAGGGUUCACUUAAUGGGUCUCUCGAGCUGUAAGGGUUCACUUAAUGGGUCUUUCGAGCUCUAAGGGUUCACUUAAUAGGUCUUUCGAGCUCUAAGGGUUCACUUAAUGGGUCUCUAGCUGUAAGGGUUCACUUAAUGGGUCUCUAGCUGUAAGGGUUCACUUAAUGGGUCUCUAGCUGUAAGGGUUCACUUAAUGGGUCUCUCGAGCUGUAAGGGUUCACUUAAUGGGUCUUUCGAGCUGUAAGGGUUCACUUAAUGGGUCUCUAGCUGUAAGGGUUCACUUAAUGGGUCUCUCUAGCUGUAAGGGUUCACUUAAUGGGUCUCUCGAGCUGUAAGGGUUCACUUAAUGGGUCUCUAGCUGUACGGGUUCACUUAAUGGGUCUCUAGCUGUAAGGGUUCACUUAAUGGGUCUCUAGCUGUAAGGGUUCACUUAAUGGGUCUCUAGCUGUAAGGGUUCACUUAAUGGGUCUCUCUAGCUGUAAGGGUUCACUUAAUGGGUCUCUGUAGCUGUAAGGGUUCACUUAAUGGGUCUCUCUAGCUGUAAGGGUUCACUUAAUGGGUCUCUCGAGCUGUAAGGGUUCACUUAAUGGGUCUCUAGCUGUAAGGGUUCACUUAAUGGUUCUCUAGCUGUAAGGGUUCACUUAAUGGUUCUCUAGCUGUAAGGGUUCACUUAAUGGUUCUCUAGCUGUAAGGGUUCACUUAAUGGGUCUCUAGCUGUAAGGGUUCACUUAAUGGGUCUCUCGAUCUGUAAGGGUUCUCUUAAGGAUUGGCCCCUUUUUUUCAAUUUUCGCCUAAAAUGACAUACCCAAAUCUAACUGCCUGUAGCUCAGGCCCUGAAGCAAGGAUAUGCAUUUUCUUGGUACCAUUUGAAAGGAAACACUUUGAAGUUUGUAGGAAUGUAGGAGAAUAUAACACAUUAGAUCUGGUAAAAGAUAAUACAAAGAAGAAAAAACGAGUUUUUUUUUUGUACCGUCAUCUUUGAAAUGCAAGAGAGAGGCCAUAAUGUAUUAUUCCAGCACAGGUGCAGUUUAGAUAAUGGCCACUAGAUGGCAGCAGUGUGUGUGCAAAGUUUAAGUCUGAUUGCAUUUCUGUUCAAAAUGUUGUAUCAAGACUGCCCAAAUGUGCCUAAUUUGUUUAUUAAUAACUUUUCAUGUUCAAAACUGUGCACUCUCCUCAAAACAAUAGCAUGGUAUUAUUUCACUGUAAUAGCUACUGUAAAUUGGACAGUGCAGUUAGAUUAACAAGAAUUUAAGCUUUCUGCCCAUAUCAGAUAUGUCUAUGUCCUGGGAAAUGUUCUUGUUACUUACAACCUCAUGCUAAUCGCAUUAGCCUAUGUUAGCUCAACCGUCCCGCAGGGGACCGGUCUCUCGAGCUGUAAGGGUUUCUCAAACCCCCCCAUGUUUAGGAUUUUGCCCUAGCACUACACAACUGAUUUUUAAAUAACCAACUCAUCACUAAGCUUUGGUUAUUUUAAUCAGCUGUGUAGAUGUUAGGGCAAAAACCAAAAGGUGCACCCAGGGAAGGGGGGUUGGGAAACCCUGUUCCAGCUAGCUGUACUAUGCUGAUGCUGUAUAUGGAACUAACAAGAUAUUCUUAGUGGUACACUAUCCUCUAUAUUUGUUUACGGAAUAGGGUGGCAUUUAGGAUGCAGACACAAUGUACAUAUUGUAAGAUAUUAUCUCAAGACUGUUUUUAAGACCAGUCAACCUAUUUAAAUUUGUCGUAACUGUGAAUGUGUUUUGUUUGUGUAUGUAGUUCCAGUCAAAAGUUUGGACACACCUACUCAUUCAAGGGUUUUUAUUUAUUCUUUUACACUUUUCUACAUUGUAGAAUAAUAGUGAAGACAUCAAAACUACAAAAUAACACAAAUGGAAUCAUGUAGUAAGCCAAAAAAAUAUAAAUAAUUCUAAAUAUAUUUUAGAUUCUUCAAAGUAGCCACCCUUUGCCUUGAUGACAGCUUUGCACACUCUCGGCAUUCUCUCAACCAGCUUCAUGAGGUAGUCACCUGGAAUGCAUUUCAAUUGACAGGUGUGUCUUGUUAAAAGUUAAUCUGUGGAAUUUCUUUCCUUAAAGUGUUUGAGCCAAUCAGUUGUGUUCUGACAAGGUAGGGGUGAUGUACAGAAGAUAGCACUAUUUGGUAAAAGACCAUGUCCAUAUUAUGGCAAGAACAGCUCAAAUAAGCAAAGCGAAACGAUAGUCAAUCGUUAUUUUUUAAGACAUGAAGGUCAGUCAAUCUAGAAAAUUUCAAGAACUUAAGGUUUUUUGAAGUGCAGUCGCAAAGACCAUCAAGCGCUAUGAUGAAACUGGCUCUCAUGAGGACCACCACAGGAAAGGAAGACCCAGAGUUACCUCUGCUGCAGAGGAUAAGUUCAUUAGAGUUGCCAGCCUCAGAAAUUGCAGCCCAAAUAAAUGCUUCAGAGUUCAAGUAACAGACACAUCAACAUUAACUGUUCAGAGGAGACUGUGUGAAUCAGGCCUUCAUGGUCGAAUUACUGCAAAGAAACCACUACUAAAGGACACCAACAAUAAGAAGAGACAUGAGCAAUGGACAUUAGACCGGUGGAAAUCUGUCCUUUGGUCCGAGUCCAAAUUUGAGAUUUUUGGUUCCAACCGCCAUGUCUUUGUGAGACGCAGAGUAGGUGAACGGAUCUCUGCAUGUGUGGUUCCCACCAUGAAGCUUGGAGGAGGAUGUGUUAAGGUGUUGGGUGAUUUUUCUGGUGACACGGUCAGUGAUUUAUUUAGAAUUCAAGGCACACUUAACCGGCAUGGCUACCACAGCAUUCUGUAGCGAUAUCGCAUCUGGUUUGCGCUUAGUGGGACUAUCAUUUGUUUUUCAACAGGACAAUGACCCAACACACCUCCAGGCUGUGUAAGGGCUAUUUGACCAAGAAGGAGAGUGAGGGAGUGCUGCAUCAGAUGACCUGACCUCCACAAUCACCUGACCUCAACCCAAUUGAGAUGGUUUGGGAUGAGUUGGACGGACUGCAGAGUGAAAUAAAAGCAGCAUAUGUGGGAACUCCUUCAAGACUGUUGGAAAACCAUUCCAGGUGAAACUGGUUGAGGGAAUUCCAAGAGUGUGCAAAGCUGUCAAAGGCAAAGGGCGGUUACUUUGAAGAAUCUCAAAUAUAUAAUAUUUUGAUUUGUUUAACACUUUUUUUGGUUACUACAUGAUUCCAUAGUGUUGAUGUCUUCACUAUUAUUCUACAAUGUAGAAAAUAGUAAAAAUAAAGAAAAACCCUUGAAUGAGUAGGUGUGUCCAAGCUUUUAAGUGGGUACUGUAUGUAUACCGAGUGGUGUGUGUGUUAGGACUAGGGUAGCAGAAUUCUGGGAACUUUCCCCAAAAUCCCCAGGUUUUCUAGAAGUGCCAGUUGGAAGAUAACUGAGCAUGAGUCGGGAACAAGCAUGAAAUCUGGAAUCUUCCAACCAGGAUUUUCUGGAAAACCGUAGUUUAGCCACCAUGUGUGUGUGUGUAUUAGUAGAGUACUUGGCAGUAGAUAAUGAUACUAAGUGGUUGAGUGUAUUGUGGUGCCUGUUGAAUCUGUCUGUAAGAACGUUAUUAAGUGCGCCCCAAAUGGCAUCCUGUCCCCUUUAUAGUGCACUACGUUUGACCAUGGUCUAUAGGGCACUCCAAAGUAGUGCACUACAUUUGACCAUGGUCUAUAGGGCACUCCAAAGUAGUGCACUAUAUACAAUAUAUAGGUUGUCAUUUGGGAAGCGGUUCUCAGUAUUAUGUGGCCGUUGUCUUAAUUGUCCCUGCCUUGAAAAUAAAUACGUUAUUUAAUCAGAAAAAUAAA